UUCUUUCUUGCUCUCCUCCAUGAUUUCAACAUGAGCAUAAACAAGGAGCUAGUCACCAAUAUACUAACAAGAACCAUUCCCAAACAGCCACACACACACACACACACACACACACACACACACACACCCAGCUCACAGCCUGCUCCACCAGCACAUCACCCAGCCCGUCAGCCAUGAGCAAGGACUGCGGCAACCACGGCGACGACGACUUCAAGCAGAGCCUCCGGCGCCUGCUGGGCGUCCUCCUGGUGCUCGCCCUCCUCGUCGGCCUCAUCGCGCUCAUCGUCUACCUGGUCCUGCGCCCCACGCACCCGCGCUUCAUCCUCCAGGACGCCGCGCUCCGCCAGCUCGACCUCUCCAACGGCUCGGCGCCGCUGCUCUCCACGGCGGUCCAGGUCACCGUCGCCUCCCGCAACCCCAACGGCCGCGUCGGCGUGCACUACGACCGCCUCGACGUCUACGCCUCCUACAAGUACCAGCAGGUCACGCUCGCGUCCAGGCUCCCGCCGCUGUACCAGGGCCACGGCGACGUCGACGUCUGGUCGCCGGUGCUGACCGGCCCGAACGUGCCCUUCGCGCCGUUCCUCGCCGACGCCAUGAGGAAGGACAUCGCCACCGGGUACCUCAUCAUGGAGGUCAGGAUCGACGGCCGCGUCCGGUGGAAGGUCGGCAGCUGGACGUCCGGCCACUACCACAUCUUCGUCACCUGCCCGGCCUACUUCAUCGGCAGCGGCACAUCCAGCGUCGUCGGUGCGCACGGGCUCAGGUUCCAGACGGCCACCUACUGCCGCGUCGAGGUCUAGCCUGCCUCUGCUCUGCUCCUCUGCUUCCGAUCCUCUGCUCCGGCGAGAAAACUUUUUAGGUAGGUCGCAAGUCGAUUGCAAAUCACAUACACGAGUUCAGCUCCAAGCCUUCCAAUGGAGAGUUUGGAAUUAUGUACGUUGGUGGCAACAACCCAAGCAAACUCUGGAGUCCAUCCAAGUCCGGCCGGGGUUUGGUGAGAGGAAGCAAGUACGGAUUGGGACCUGGGAUCACGGCUUGCACAGGUAGCUCAUUAGUCCCUCUCUUAGCUUGGAGAUCCAAGGAAACUUCACAAAAGUUGGAGAAUAAAAGUUUGUGUGUGUGCGCUGUCUUCUCCAUGUGACCAUGUGCUCAUGUGGAAAACAAACUGUACAUGGAAUUAUUAUGCUCAUAUCCAUAACAGUUGCUUUUCCAGUUGUCUUAGCAAUCUGAACUGCUCCAUCUUCAAGCAGGAGCAGUGAUAGGAGCUCGUUAAGUUUAGCUGUAGUACCUGAUUAGCAAUGCAGCCAGUGAUUCCUCACGAAAAAAAAAAUGCAGCACUUGAGUA